UAGGAGAGCUAAGGGCAGGACUGGCUUCGAGCAUCGCUGCAGCUAAAUAAGCCAAGAGCGAGACAAGGGCUCUGCAGGGCGAACUCCCGGGGCUGGGAGCCGGGCAGCCUCCUCCCCGCCUCUCGCAGUCAGCGUGCGCUCCGCUCUCCCCGCCUCCAGCCGGGCUGCGCUUCCCUCCCCGCCUCUCGCUGCACACUGCGCUCCGGACUCGGCUGCAGGAGGCAGAGUGAAGAUGAGUUGUGAAGAGAUCCGUGUGUUAGCAGUGAAAUUUGGGCAAGAUUUCGACCUCUAUUUUGCAGAUGAUGAAGGUCUGGAGUGCGACUACUGGAAGGAAGUCUUCCCCCUACAGCACCAGAUCUUUCGAAACGUAUCUAAUCAGGUACUCAUGGUACGGCUCGGACCAGAGAAUAAUGUCAUGAGUGUAUUUGAGUCUAUGACAGAUCAAGAGAUGAUACAUGGAUGUGGAGUGCAUUUCAACAUCCACUAUUACAGAGACAACAGGCUUGAGGACGGGAUGUCUGUGGCAUUCAGCGUCCUGGUAGAAAACAAGACUUACUGUAUGUACUGCACACAUGAAGGUGGGGAAAAGACUGUUCGAUUUAGGGAAGAAGUUGUUCCCAAAGAAAUUCUGGAAAACAGCAGUGAUAUCAUCUUCAUCCAAAAGUCAAUUUCACCAACAGACACAAAAGCAUUCAAAUUUGAAUCUUCACUCAUGCGAGGAUACUUCUUGGCCUUUCAGAAAGAAGAGGACUUAAGCAAACUGACUUUAAAGCGAUGUGAUGAAGACCAAGUGGAUGAAACCACACAUAUCAUUAUCCCCUAAAUAAAUGGAUUUGAUAAUGUAUCAUACACAAGCAAUUUCUUGGCCAUUUUUGUACAACUUUUAUUACUUAAGCGGUCAAACUAUCUCUAUGCUAAACUGUGUAACCCUCCACUGUAACCACUCAAACACACAGCCUCCGGGCACUGAGUUAAGUUCCUCAGGGUCUAUACUGAGUUUAUUGGCUCCAGGACUGACAAUUUUCAAUUCUUAGCUGCAGCUGAUAACAAAUAUAGAAAAAAAAUAAAUUGGCGGAUAUGGAGCUUAGGAAUUCUAUAAUCAGAGAGAUGUGUGUCUGUUGCUCGUUACAAUAGGGCUUCUGUGGAAAGGCUGCUAUUCACCACAAUGCUUUCUCAAAAAAAAGCAAGUCUUUACAUAAGAUCGUCAUUGCCAACUUUUUGAAUUAAGUAUUAAAUUUAGAAUUAAAUGAACCUUUUGAUUUAUUUUUUU